AAACAACACCUAGUAAUCUGUCUUUGGUUCCGCGCGUGAGAGACAUGAAUUACAUACACAAAGGAAAACCUCGCUAACUUUCGACACUUCCAAAGUCCCCUUCUCUCUUAUGCAGUACCCAGCGGCAACAACAAUAACAUAACACUUCACUAUCUUCCUUCAUUCCAACUCCUCAUUUUUCUCCCACAUUUCCGCUCUUACUACCCAAUCGAUUUAGGGUUUAUUCCGAGAUGGCAACAACAUCAAUUUCUAGCUUGCAAAUUGCAAUGUCAAGAUCAUGCAUUCCUUCAUCACAGAAGUUUGCCGAUGUGAGUACUGUGAUUUUCGGUGGAAAGUCCAAGGUGGGAUCAUGGAAUAAACUUGCGAGUGCGUGUCAUGUUGCGUCGGUGCAGCCCUUCCAACGGAGCUUUACAUCAUCAUCUGUAAAGUCUGUCAAAUUUGCGACGAAGGCGGUGUCUGAGUCUAGUGAAACAAGCCCAAUUUCAGGAUUACCGAUUAAUUUGAAAGGUAAAAGAGCUUUUAUUGCCGGCGUGGCUGAUGACAAUGGGUACGGAUGGGCAAUUGCAAAAUCUCUUGCUGCAGCAGGAGCUGAAAUUCUUCUCGGCACAUGGGUUCCGGCUCUGAAUAUAUUUGAGUCCAGCUUACGACGUGGGAAAUUUGACGAAUCACGCGUAUUGCCGGAUGGUUCGUUGAUGGAAAUUACCAAAGUUUAUCCCUUGGAUGCUGUUUUUGACAACCUUGAGGAUGUACCAGAAGAUAUAAAAUCAAACAAGCGCUAUGCUGGAUCCAGCAAGUGGACAGUUCAGGAAGUUGCUGAAUCUGUUAAGGAAGACUUUGGCAGCAUAGACAUUCUCGUGCAUUCACUUGCCAACGGACCAGAGGUGACCAAACCACUGUUGGAGACAUCUCGGAAAGGAUAUCUUGCUGCAUUAUCUGCAUCUAGUUACUCCUAUGUUUCUUUACUCAAGCAUUUUCUUCCAAUCAUAAACCCAGGUGGAUCUUCAAUCUCUCUCACAUACAUCGCUUCAGAGAGGAUCAUUCCCGGAUAUGGGGGUGGUAUGAGUUCUGCAAAAGCUGCACUGGAAAGUGAUACACGAGUGCUUGCUUUUGAAGCCGGUAGAAAGCGCAAAAUUAGAGUCAACACUAUAUCUGCUGGUCCACUAAGAAGCCGCGCUGCAAAAGCAAUUGGAUUCAUUGAUAUGAUGAUUGAUUAUUCAAUAGCUAAUGCACCUCUACAGAAAGAGCUAUCAGCAGAGGAGGUAGGCAAUGCAGCUGCUUUCUUAUCAUCACCUUUAGCAUCAGCUAUCACGGGCACUGUUCUAUAUGUUGACAAUGGUCUGAAUGCCAUGGGUGUUGGAGUUGACAGUCCCAUAUUUAGUGAUCUUAACAUUCCAAAGGAGCAACAUUAAGUACCGAUUCUCACCCAAACUAAGACAAUGUAGUGUCUGCUUAGAGUAUUUUGUUUUUCGUUUUUUUGUAGGCUAUUUUUCCAGAUUUUGUCUUUUAGACUAGAAACAUUUUAUGUAUCUGUAAUGUGCUCAGAAGAGCAGGUUAUAUAAUUAUGAAUGUAAUAAAAAUGUUUGAUCUAUGCUUUUAUAAGGAAUAUGCUUUGAUUGACAA